AAUGAGCUGUGAGUUACUGAAACACAAUAUAUUCUGAUAUUAUUCAGGACUGCUCUCAUCACCACUGCCAUAUCCUUGGGAUGACGGAUAUGAUACGCUUCAUAAUAUACAGGAAGGAACUAUGAAGGACAUGUUGAAACAACUUCUGUCUAAUGGAUAUUACGUCGGAGCUAAAAUCUCUGUGGCAGAGAAAAAGCUGUGGGCGGUACGCUUCGUUAUUCCGAAAACAUUCUGAAUUUUUGAAAUAUUUCAGAAUGCCCUUGUGUCAGCAUCAAUUCCAAGUGGACGGAGCACAUCACUGUUUAUGGAUCCCACAAGUAUGAAGCAUAAAACUGGAAGAGAAAUUCAAGAAGUAGUGUUGAUCCUAACUAACUUUGGUUUAUGAUUAUAUGGUUUAGAUGUACGACCAAAGUCUCCCAACGUUGCUUAUUUGCGUAAAAAGGCGGGAAAAAUGGACAGUUCUCGUGUACUUACACUGGCUUUUGACUCGAUUGAUCACUGACAAAUAUCUAGACGAAACCAUUUGUGAAUCUUGCGAACGUGUUUCAGCAGUUCUUCGGAAAUUGGUUAAAGACGCAUUUCCGCUAUUAUACACAAUGAAACUACACGUAAGUCUCUAAAAACGAGAAAAAAUUGUUUACGACGAGAAUAUUUCAGUUUUUGGUCGAUCACAUUGCUCAAGAAGAUUCGAUCACAUUGCUCAAGAAGCUUUUUGUGUCUCGUUGUUAACUUUUUUGUUAAGGACUAAUACUAAUAUUUAUCUUUGUAUACACCUGUCAGCCUGUUUUAAUUUCAUUUUUGUCGAGUUUUAGAUCUCGUGAGUACUUGUUCCAGUUCAUGCCAAUCUCAAAGUGUAUUUCUUAGACACUCACGUCAACAUGGAGCCGAAUGAGAUGAGUGUGCCUCCUCGCCCGGAAGAUUUCCCGCCUUACGAGAUUGACGAUGACAUGAUGGAAAAUGGAGUUGAUGCAACAACUACGCCACGCAUCACUCGGAGAAGAGCUGGUCAGAAUAAGAUAGUCAAGAAGAAGCUUGUCUUGGAGCCUCUUACACCACGAUCUACGGAAAGCGUUUCAAAUUUGAAAAGAAUGAAAAUUUCGGAGCGGCUCGAGCGUCAUCCGCCUGCUUCUAAUUUAUCUGCCAUCGAUCAAUUAAAAGAAGCUGUUCGAUGUGGAAGCAUACUAAAUAUGGGAAAAGCAGUUUAUCAAGGUUACGAAAACGAAACACUCACAGACGUCGAACUGGAGGAAUACUGUAAGGUCACACUGCGCCCCAUUAUUCUUGGCUCUCAACACUUCAAAGCACUAAAAGAAAAUUUAACUGAAGAACAAAGAAAUUGGAUGGAUAUGGGCCAUUUUGUGAUGGCUAAGUUGAUUGGCACAGAUGAGCAACGUGUACUGGAAGUUGAAGCGUCAAUUGCUUCCAUUUCGGCAACAACUGGAAUUCAGUACGAUUUAAAGUCAAUCACUAAAGAACACCUUCAUCGAAGCUACAAAACUGAUGCCAUCGACCAUGUUCCAGGGGUGGAUUUGACCGUUCUUUACAACAACAUUAGCCUGAUCAAAGCACCUGCUAAAGGACAAUUAUCUCAAUUCUACACUCUUGUUCUGGCUACGAUGUUCGAUCCUCCGUACAAAGUCUGGAAAUUCACAUAUAGGCCGAACUCCAGUGGAAAAGCCGACAAAAACUUCACCGAUCUUCCCCUGGCGUUUAUGAAUCAACUGUUUGGGCUCUCCUGGGACAUUUGCGAUUACUACUUGCCUAAAGACCUACUGGUUGGUUCUGAAGAUACAAUCGAUGAAACUCAUCCAUUUCUGGAAAGUCUGGAUUGUUCUGAGCCCAUCGACGAGAUUAUGAGAAGACGUGAGGGGAGAGAAAAUGCGAAAUCGGUCUUCAAAUCGGCGUUUUCACGUGCUCUAAAAAGCGUUAGAGCUUAUCACUAUGAUCUUGUCACAAACACUUUGAAGUACUGCGAGGAGCGAAACACAUGCAAGGAUCACCUGUCUUGGAACCAAGUACGCCACUUUCCAAAGCUGAGCAAAAAAACGAAAGCCGAAUGCAAUUCAGCUACUCCAUCUCAAAUCUUGGACUUUUAUCAUCGAUCUCCCUUCUUUGGAAACGCCCAAGAACCGGAAGAUAUUAAGGACUCGGCGGAAAUGGCAAAUUCUUCUCAAUAAUCCCAUGUUAACCGUUAUUAUCAAUUUCAGAUUUUUUGUUCCGUUAUUUAUUUUUGUUGUUGUUCGUAUUGAAUUCCUUGUUGUUUCACAAUAAAUCGAUGUUUCUGCGCCUGGGUUAGUCCUCGGAUAC